AUGUAUCAUACGCCAACUGACUUGAUAGACUUGAAAUAUCUCAUUGCCCCUUCUCGUCGACUAGCAACCGCCUCCACCUCCAUCACCCCUUCAACACCCCUUCCUAACCUUUCCGUAUCUCUUCUUCUCUCCCGCCCGCCCCUUCUCCUUCGUCCUCCCGAACCAAUAGAAUCAGCGUACUAUUCUCACUCGCUUUCCAUUCGUCAUGCACUUUCCAACCCAACCCCACUGAAUUUCUACUUCAAACCCUCUUCCCUCGCUUUAAGACGAUUUCAAGCUUCCGAGCAUUCCAGAGAAGUAAAAAUAUAUGGUCCCUCCCUUGCUGGCGCUUCUCCGGACGUAGGAGAAUUACCUGCUGAACCUCCUCUACCCGAAGCACGUGAUUGGGAGAAAGAGGAUGGUAAAAGGGGAGAACGUAGUUUAGAAAGAAAACCUCAAGAAGAGAUAUAUUGUCUGGUAAAAACUUCAAAAGGGUGGGAAUUCCCGAAUGUUGGGUUGCAUAAAGGAGAAGGAUUAGAUGAAGCUAUCAAAAGAGGUUUGGUAGGUACCAAUGGCGUUUUAGGAGGAAGAAAGAUGGAUAGUUGGUUAGUCACUAGAAAACCUAUUGGUGUGAUCAAAUCUGGAGGAAACACCACAUUCUUUCUUCGUUCUCAUAUAAUCGCAGGAGAACCUCUUCCCUCAUCUACGUCAGACAUCACAGACUUAGCAUGGCUCACACCUACCGAAAUCGAACGUCGUCUCGUAGAUCAAGGUUCUGAACAUCUAUGGAAGGGAGUAAAAGAUUUAUUUGGAAUUUCACAAUCUGAUAUGGACCUUGAGUCCCUGAGAGAUGUAAAAGCGAGGGAAAUAGAAGCAUGA